AUGUCCGUUUGGAACCCGGAUAAUAUCCGCGACGUCGCGGAGUCCGCGGGGAUCGCCAACAUCAACGACGACGUAACCGAGAACCUCUCCCGCGACGUGGAAUACCGCAUCGCUCAGGUGCUGGAGGAGGCGCUCAAGUUCAUGCGCCACAGCCGUCGCACCCUACUCACCACGCAGGAUGUGGCCCAGGCCCUGCGCGUAUUGGAUGUCGAGCCGCUGUAUGGAUACGAAUCUACCAGGCCGCUGCGGUUCGGCGAGGCUUCUUUGGGCCCCGGACAGCCGUUGUUCUACGUGGAGGACGAAGAGGUGGAUUUCGAGAAGCUAAUCAAUGCGCCGCUACCAAAGGUGCCCCGCGAAAUUUCGUUCACCGCACAUUGGUUGGCCGUCGAAGGUGUGCAACCAUCCAUUCCUCAGAAUCCCACCGCCGCCGAUUCGCGAAACCUGGAAUUGAUGUCCAAGGGUCCCAACGCCAACUCCACGCUGGCCGCCAUGAGCGGCAGCGGUAAUGUGGCCGUCAAGCCGCUGGUGAAGCACGUGCUGUCGAAGGAGCUGCAGCUAUACUUCGGGAAGGUCUGCAACGCAUUUCUGGACGAGUCCAGUGAGGAGUACCGUACGUCGGGCUAUUCCAGUCUGCGCGAAGACCCAGGAUUGCACCAGUUGGUGCCGUAUUUCGUGCAGUUCAUCUCCGAGAAGGUCACCCACGGCAUGAAGGAUAUCUUCAUUCUGACGCAGGUGAUGCGUAUGGCCGAGGCGUUGGUGCAGAACAAAUCGCUCUACGUGGACCCUUACGUUGCAUCGCUUGUCCCUCCCAUCCUGACCUGCCUGAUUGGCCGACAACUCGGCGGGAAUGCCGACUUGUCCGAACAGUUUGCCCUACGGGACCUCUCUGCGUCUCUCCUUGGCAAAAUCGCCAAGAAAUACUCCCCUUCGUCGAUGACGCUGAAACCGCGACUCGCUCGGUCGUGCUUGAAGACGUUCCUCGACCCGUCGAAGCCAUUUGGCGCCCACUACGGCGCCAUCAUUGGUAUCCUUGAGGUUGGCGGCGCAGAGGCGGUGCGCGUCUUGAUUUUGCCCAACGUGCCGACGUAUGGCAACCUCCUGAAGGACGGCAUGGCGGACGACAGUGCGCGGCGGCCGGAAGCCGAACGGGUCUUGGAGGGCCUUCUCGGCGUGCUGGCCAAUCUCCGGGAGGGACGCAUGGCUCUAGCCAACGGUGAUAGCGGAAUAGUCACCGACGAGGUACGGCAGCGACUAAACGGCGCGGUGGGUGAGUUUAUUGCCAGCAAGAUUAGCGAACGCGGCCAGGUGCAGCUGGCGCAUGCCGUCCUUGACUCAUGAACCUGAUUUUUCUCUAUCCCUCUCUUUCUUUUCAUUUUUGCUUUCUCUUUUUCCCGUUCGAAUAUUUAGAGAACUGGCGGUGGGACAAGCAUCAUCAUGGACGUGGAUUUUCUCUUGGGGUCCAGUGCGUUCGAGGCGUUGGAUCGGCGUAUUUCCUUUCAUGUUCGUCUUUUUCUUUUUCUUUAUUUCUUUAUUUUUUAUUUUUUUCCCAUUUCACCGUCAAGGGCAUCGGGGGUCAAGUCCAUACCACACAUACUAUCGAAUGCCAGCGUUGGAAAUCCACAUUGGCUGUAAUUUAGCCUUUUCGCAAGUGACACAGAAGCAGGAAGCAGGAGCGUUACACGACGUAGGUAAAAUGAUCCCACAGGACAUCGAGGACGGCAGGACCAGCUCUAUGGCUGCCUUCGCCAUGCCAGAAUGCCGAGG